AUGGAAAUGGGAAAUCACUCGGAGGUGACUGAGUUCAUUCUCUCAGGACUGACAGAUCGUCCGGAGCUGCAGAUCCCCCUAUUUGUGGUGUUCCUACUGAUUUAUGGUAUCACCCUGGUGGGGAAUGGGGGGAUGAUCUUGUUAAUCACAACUGACCCCCGACUCCACACCCCCAUGUACUUUUUCCUCAGAAAUUUGUCUUUCUGUGACCUCUGCUAUUCCUCGACAAUUUCCCCUAAGUUGCUGCUGAAUUUCUUAGCCGAGAGGAAAAGCAUUUCUUACACUGCCUGCGCUGUGCAAGUGUCUCUCACUAUUGCUUUUGGAGAUGCUGAGAGCCUCUUGCUGGCUGUGAUGGCAUAUGACCGUUAUGUGGCCAUCUGUAACCCGCUGCUUUAUACGGUCACCAUGUCCAGGCAGCUUUGCAACCAGCUGGUGGUUGGGGUGUACGCUGUGGGGGUGGUGGAUUCAGUGAUACACACGUGGCUUACAUUUAGGCUCUCAUUCUGUAGCUCCAACAUCAUCAAUGAUUUCUACUGUGAUAUCCCCCCACUGUUGGCGCUCUCCUGUUCUGACACCCGCAUCAAUGAGAUUAUGGAAAUGGGAAAUCACUCUGAGGCGACUGAGUUCAUUCUCUCAGGACUGACAGAUCGUCCAGAGCUGCAGGUCCCCCUCUUUGGGGUGUUCCUAAUGAUUUAUGGAGUCACGCUGGUGGGGAAUGGGGGGAUGAUCUUGUUAAUCACAACUGACCCCCGACUGCACACCCCCAUGUACUUUUUCCUCAGUAAUUUGUCUUUCUGUGACCUCUGCUAUUCCUCGAUCAUUUCUCCUAAGAUGCUGCAAAAUUUCUUAGCCGAGAGGAAAAACAUUUCUUACACUGCCUGUGCUGUGCAACUGUAUCUCUCUAUUGCUUUUGGAGAUGUUGAGUGCCUCUUGCUGGCCGUGAUGGCGUAUGACCGUUAUGUGGCCAUCUGUAACCCGCUGCUCUAUACGGUCACCAUGUCCAGGCAGCUUUGUAAACAGCUGGUGGCUGGGGCGUACGCUGUGGGGUUUGUAGAUUCAAUGAUAUACACAUGUUUUACAUUUCGGCUGUCAUUCUGCAGCUCCAAUAUCAUCAAUCAUUUCUUCUGUGACAUCCCCCCGCUACUGGCGCUCUCCUGUUCUGACACCCGCAUCAAUGAGAUUGUGAUGUUUGUUUUUAUGAGCUUCAUUAUAGUGAGCAGCCUUGUAACUGUCCUUCUCUCCUAUGUCUAUAUCACCUUCACCAUACUGCAGAUCCACUCUACCGAGGGCCGGCGCAAAGCCUUCUCCACCUGCUCUUUCCACUUGACUGCUGUGGCCCUAUAUUUUGGCACCUUGCUCUUCAUGUAUUUACGUCCCACCUCCAGCUAUUCCAUGGACACAGACAAAGUAGCCUCAGUGUUUUACAUGGUGGUGAUCCCCAUGUUGAACCCCCUCAUCUACAGCAUGAGGAACACGGAGGUGAAGGACGCCGUGAGGAGAGCAAUGAAUAAACUCCAAACCAAUUCCUGA